AUUGUAAAGGGUUUAUUAUGGGCAGUCUUCCCCUACCACUGUUGCAGUAGGACACAACGUCGUGAUUUACGCACUGUGCUAAACGAGGCGACAUAAAUCGUUAUAUUUUUUCAGUGUCCAUCGCCCCAGAUAGUUAACCCUGUUUCACUACCUCUUAACCCCGAUUGGAGCUUCAGCUUGCCUAGUUCAAGGACGGAGAAAAGAGGGAGGCAAGCCUUGGGGAAAAACAACUAGGUUCAGCCGGUUUGACAACGGGAGGCUUCAGAAAGAAAACACUUCAGUUCAGGAAAAAAACUAAAUUCCCUGAAAAUAAAACAUCAUCAUGGGGACUGCCUCCCUCUUCCUCUUGCCCUUCCUCCUCCUCUCUCUUCUCCCUUCCCCAUCCAUUUCCCAGAAUGAGAAUGACCUCACUGUAACAACCCACCAGGGACGCGUCCGAGGUAUUCGCAUGCCUGUUGUGCCAGACAGAGGUCAUGUGACAGCCUUCUUGGGCAUCCCUUACGCUGAGCCCCCUUUGGGGAAGAAGCGCUUCCGGAGAGCUGAGCCCAAAGAACCCUGGACAGGUGUUUUUGAUGCCAGCUCAUAUCCAAAUGCCUGUUACCAGUUUGUGGACAACUCAUAUCCUGGCUUCCCUGGAACUGAGAUGUGGAACCCUAAUCGGGAAAUGAGUGAGGACUGUCUGUACCUAAACAUCUGGGUCCCAGCCUCCCCCCGGCCACACAAUCUCACUGUGAUGGCUUGGAUCUAUGGGGGAGGUUUCUACAGUGGCUCCUCCUCAUUGGAUGUUUAUGAUGGGAGGUACCUGGCCUACACAGAGAAGGUUGUGGUUGUCUCCAUGAACUACCGUGUAGGGGCCUUUGGCUUUCUGGCCCUGCAUGGCUCUUCAGAGGCUCCUGGAAAUGUGGGGCUCCUAGACCAGAGGCUCGCCCUCCAGUGGGUGCAGGACAACAUACACUUUUUUGGAGGUAAUCCCAAGCAGGUGACCAUAUUUGGAGAGAGCGCAGGUGGGGCCUCUGUAGGAAUGCAUCUUUUGUCCCCUGAUAGCCGUCCAACUUUUUCUCGUGCCAUCAUGCAGAGUGGUGUCCCCAACUGCCCCUGGGCAACCAUCAGCCCAGCAGAAGCUCGAAGGCGUUCCACCCUGCUAGCCAAGCUUGUGGGUUGCCAGGAUGGCAACGACACAGAGAUUGUUGACUGCUUGCGGAACAGACAUCCCCAGGACCUGAUUGAACAGGAGUGGCAAGUCCUCCCCUACAGCAGCCUGUUUCGUUUCUCCUUUGUUCCAGUGAUUGAUGGUGUUGUCCUUCCAGACACACCAGAGGCUAUGCUGAGCUCCGGAAAUUUUAAGGACACUCAGAUUCUAUUGGGAGUGAACCAGGAUGAGGGCUCAUACUCCCUUCUCUAUGGCGCCCCAGGCUUCAGCAAGGACAAUGAGAGUCUGAUCUCCCGAGAGGAUUUCCUUGAGGGUGUGAAGAUGAGUGUUCCCCAUGCCAAUGACAUUGGCCUGGAAGCAGUAGUGCUGCAGUACACAGACUGGAUGGAUGAAAACAACCCUCUGAAGAAUCGGGAUGCCAUGGAUGACAUUGUGGGAGAUCACAAUGUCAUCUGCCCCCUUCAGCACUUUGCCAGAUCAUAUGCCCAGCAUAAUGCCCUUCGCUCUCAGGCUGGGGUAGGGGGGUCCACUGGGGCAGGCGUCGGAGGAGGCAACUCAGGAGCAGUCAUCAAUAGUGGAGGGGGCAACUCAAAUGGAGGUGUGUACCUCUACCUGUUUGACCACCGGGCCUCCAACCUGGUGUGGCCAGAGUGGAUGGGGGUCAUCCAUGGUUAUGAGAUUGAGUUUGUGUUUGGCCUGCCACUGGAGAAGAGACUCAACUACACCGCCGAGGAGGAGAAGCUCAGUCGCCGCAUGAUGAAAUACUGGGCCAACUUCGCCCGCACUGGUAACCCUAACCUGAAUGCAGAUGGCAGCUUGGAGAGUCGGCGAAGGUGGCCUGUUUUUACGGCAGCUGAGCAGAAGCACGUUAGCCUGAAUAUAGAUCCAAUGAAGGUUCACCGCGGACUGAGGACCCAGCUGUGUGCACUGUGGAACCGCUUCCUGCCCCAGCUACUCAAUAUCACAGACAAUAUUGAUGAGGCAGAGCGCCAGUGGAAGGUUGAGUUUCACCGUUGGAGCUCCUACAUGAUGCACUGGAAGAGUCAAUUUGACCACUACAGCAAGCAGGAGCGCUGUACAGAGCUCUGAGCAGCGAGCGAGAAAGAGUGGGGGGAGGGUCAGAUAGGGUGACCACAUUGCUCCAUAAUCUCUGAGACACCUUGAGGCAGGUGAAUGUAGGCGCAACUUAACUUUACACAGUUACUCCUGUUCUCUGAUUUCCUUCUUUUCUGGCAUCUGCAGUGGCUGGCAGAGUCACCUAAGGACUAAGUUGACUUUAUCUUGCUUUUUACAUUAUAGUGUACACAGAUCUAGGAGCAAUCAGGCAUCUCCUCAGAAUCUCUAUGAGGACUUUUGUGUUAUUCUCUAUAUGUUCAAGGAAAUGUGGAAUAUAACUAGUUGCGGGGAUUAAGCUAUCUGGGGAUUAUGGAGUAAUACCGUCAUCCAAAUAUGAAAAAAGAACAAGGACGAAAUUCAAAGGUGUUAGUGACUUUUGAAGACAGACUGCGUGCAUGUGUGUAAAAGGAGGAAACAAAGAAAGAGCGUGUGUAUGUGUGUAAGUUUGUGUGUGUGUGUCUGUGUGUGGUGUUGGUAGGAUGAGACUGAUGCUGGGAAGCCCUCAUUCACUCUGAUCCUCAGGAUCCCACAAAUCUCAGAUUUUUUUUACUUAAGGAUUUUAUUUUAUUUAAUCUUGUAAUCUUUUUGAUUUACAAAGGCGGCUACCACUAUGUGGCACUUUCUAUGUGUUGGCAACACUAUGUGUGUAUCUGUCAGUCUCUCAAUUUGUUUAUCUGUUUUCUCCCAUGGUCUUGUCAGUCGUCUGCUGUCUCAAUUUGUGUGUGUGUAUGUGGGUCCAACUGAAACCACUGAUCAAAAACCGGAAUCAGGAGUCAUUGUGAGCUAGCCAGAAAACUGCACUGAAACACACUAUUAGUCUGUGUGUGUGUGUGUGUGUGUGUGUGUGAGAGAGAGAGAGAGAGAGAGAGAGAGAGAGAAAGAAAGAGAGAGAGAGAGAAUGUUUGUGUCUGUGUUUGCAUAUGAGUGUAUGAGUCUGUGCUGUAACUGUAACACUGUAAUAUGUCCUUCAGUCUCCUCAGCAUGCUCUUGUCUGUAUGUCUAUCAGCCCCUUCCUGUAACUGCGAGUGUAUCUCUUCCUUAUUUUUGUUUAAUCUAGAGGGGCAUGUUUUGUGAGUACUGCUGAUAUUGUCUUUGUGCCAAGAGGUUGAUGUAAUCCUGCCAACCCCCACUCUGAAGGAAACAUUUCUCAUUAUCCUAAUGGAAGGAGUUUAAUUUACUCAGUGCUUUAAUGUGACAGACCGCUGUGUCAGCCAUGUACCUCAAAUGGGACUGACUGUUGUUGGCUGAAGUGGACGGCAGGAUGGAGAGGGAGAAUGUACAGGGUUAUGAAAUUCAUGCUCAUCUUUAAUAUUUAUUUUGUGUUUUUGUGUAUGUGUGUGUGGUGUGUGUGCGUGUGUGUGUUAUUUUUCAGGUAACUCUAAUAACUGAUGUUGUGAUGCUGGCUCUGUGUCUGUGUGCCUCUCUGUCUAUCUGUCAAGUGUUAUUUAUUUUAAUUCUUGACACUGUGGAAGGGAUCUGGAUCAGUGCUGUAAUUGGUCAACGGGUCUUCCAGCAAGCAUUUUGAUUGGUUUAGUUCCCAGUCAUGUCACUCCUACUGAUUAUGGCUGAAGUAGCUUAGUCUAGCUUUUAAAAUGUAACUUAAAAAAGAUAUAUCUAUGAAGAAAAUGCUAAAUUAAUUAUCUUUAGAUAUUUAAUUAUAAAUCUUCAGUAGGGAUGAAGAGUGGAGGUAUUGUUUGUGUGUAUGCGUGUUUUGAUGAGUCUGAGUGACAGCUGCUCAAGCCUUGCAUCCAAUAAAAAGUCCCUGUUUCCAAUGCCUCCAAUAAAAUUCCCCUGUGCAUGUCCUGAGCCCGCACCCUUGUCUGUAUCCUCCAAAUAUUGUGACUGUUAUUUUCUGUAUCAAUAUACCCAGUACUGAUGUGUAGAAUCUGUGCAGAACAAGUAUUAUUUUCUUAUCAUUAUUAUGAUAGCAGCUCUGAGAUUAUGAUGUUAGCAAUAAUUUAAAAUACUGAUUACUGAAAAUGUUUGAUAUUUAAAAUCACAAUGAAAUUUAUUCAUGACUUAAUUUAUGGUGAUGACAAUGCUGUUGAUGAUGAUGGCGAUUAGCAUUGUUGUAAAAAUCAUAAGAAAGAUAUGUAUGGGAAAUUUAAUAUGAAAGUGCUACAUCAACACUUUUAUCUAUUUUUGUUUCCUUUUUUAGCCUGUUAUGGUUAUGAACACUAGUGUUUAAAAUAGAACAACAUCUGUAGUUAAUGUAAUCACACUGGUGUUAGCUUGUUGCUUGUUUCUUGCAGCGUCAAUCCGACACUCCCCAUGCUGCCUCCUUCAUGCUAUGAGGUUUAAUUAAAAUAAGAGAAAUAAUACACAAGGAAAAAUGAUUUCAUACCAAUUGGCACACACCCAGAACGGUCCAAAAUUUGUAUGGCGGGGCAUUUACUUUCAGUGUGACGGUUAUGUUUCCUCGUACUGUGAGUCAGUUUCGAUUAUUUACAAGUAUAUUUUCAGCACUUAAGUGCUUCAAUACCCCAUCUUCAACUCUAUGUUCCAAAAGGUCCGCAAUAUAAAAAUAAUGCAAGCCCUAAGCUUUCUCUUACUUUUAUUAUUAUUAUUAUUAUUAUUAUUAUUAUUAUUAUUAUUAUUGCUCCAGAUAGUGCCCGCUGUGCCAAACUUGUCAUGUGGAUUUUCUGCAUGGUAAUAUUAUCUCCCGAUUUGGGUACUGUAUCUGAAGCCCUUCAACAGAACCUCAUUAAACAGAUUGACUAAAACAUC